AUGGACCAAUACAAGUAUCUGCCGAGACAGAAGCCAAUCUCGACAACCUGCUGGCCCGGAAUCGGCGAUUUCGUCGUUCUGUCGGUCGACCCAGUGGCCUCGGUUGCUCAUCUGGACAACAUUGCUCGGCGUGCAGCUCGGAAGCUACCCGUACACACCUUCCUUGCCUUGACGAUGACGGGAUACGGGCUUCCUUUGGAGAGCAAACCGUUCACGUCUUUCCGCAUUGCUCUAGUCCGACAAGGACUCCCGACAGCUCUCGACCCGCCUUGGGACACGUCGGACAUGUGUUACCCCAUCUUACCGAAUGUUUCGCACCCGACAGGACGUGAAACCAUUCGGCCACUACAUCCGCUUCCUUUCCCUAACUGCUACUUCGAGACAACUACGCCGUUCCUCUCGCAUCUGCGCUGUCGUGUUACGACCGCUCCACGUGACUAUACACCCGUUUUGCCGAUGCCAACCUCGCAACUCUCCCGUCUGAGCUGGCUGAUGAGCGAUGAGGUGAUGAACUACUUCAAGCUGCGCGACUCCGUUGCUCGGGGGCAGUUGGACGCGAUCGCCUCUAUACCCCUCCCUCCAUCUCCCGUAUCCGCCUGUCAUGCACCUCUACCGCUGUCCGAAUCACGCUCGUCAGAUAUCGACGAGAUAAUCGGGGCAGAGGCCGAUGACGAGGUAUCCAUCAUCGCCAGUGAUGAUGACCUGUCCGUGAACGAGCGGAAGGACGCCGAUGUCAAUGACAAUAGAUCUGAUGCACAGCUGGACCUGAUGUUGCAUUUCGAGGACUUCAUCAACGAUACGGGGGAUCUGCACGAUCCUGUGGUAAACGUCUGGUACGAUCUGGACAUGAUUACGGAGGUCACGGACCCCAUCCACUAUAUCCGGGUCUGCGAUGAGAUCAAGAAGAUCAUUGAAGAAGCCGAGAUACGACUAGGCAUCAAGGUCGUUGACCUCCCUGCUGGAGCAUCAUCAACUCUGCCGAAGUCGCCAGAGACGUCGCGUACAAGCAGUGCUCGCUCGGUCAACUUACCCUCAAUCGCUCACUCACAAGCCCGCCCGAAAGAUGCAGACAAGCGAUGCGCUCCACGAACUAGAGCGAUCGCUGCGAAAGCGCGAGAGUGGCCUUCCCGAAUGUGGCACCGUCUGUGUAGAAUCCUGAUUCCCUGUACUUACUCUGGGACCGCAGCAUCACAGUAG